ACGGAACUUUUCCCUACACUUGGCUGGCCAAGAAUUCGUACCUAUGCGUGCGCUCAGUUGACGCUGAGAACAAUUGCUGGCAAUAUCGCAAAUUCUAGUAUGGCUACUGAGAAGCAGGUUGAGAUUGGCGCCGAGCGGCAGGAUGAGGAUGGUGACAUCGUUGUGGACUGGAAUGGGGAAGACGACGAGAGUAAGCCCCUGAACUGGUCAACUACUCGAAAGUGCAUCAACGUUGGACUUGUCAGCGCCUUAACUUUCAUUGCGUCCAUCGCCUCCGCCAUGUGUGCACCUGGAGUCCCAGACAUGAUGGCGGAAUUCCAUAGCGAGAGCAAAGUCCUCUCAUCCUUCAUCGUCUCUAUUUUUGUCUUAGGAUAUGCAAUUGGUCCAAUCUUCUUUGCUCCUUUAUCCGAGCUGUAUGGGAGACUGCCCAUUUACCACAGCUCAAACAUCCUCUUCACUCUGUUCAGCAUUUUGAGCGCUGUAUCACCAAACCUGCCGGCCAUCAUUAUCUUCCGUUUCCUCUCUGGCGCCUCGGGUGCAGCCCCCCUAGCCAUCGGCGGUGGCACCAUAGCUGAUCUCAUCCGACCCGAGCGACGAGGCUUGGUGGUGAGCGUCUACUUCGUUGGUCCCAUCCUUGGACCAGCACUGGGACCGGUCGCGGCCGGCUAUAUUUCACAGGAUCUAGGCUGGCGAUGGAUUUUUUGGGUCACUGCAAUCCCUUCCGGUGCCUUCACGUUGAUUUGCUUCCUCUGUCUGCGGGAGACAUAUCCUCCAAGACUGCUGCACCAGCGUGCAGUGGCUUUACGGAAAGCUCAUCCCGAAAGCACUUUCGUAGCGCCGGGUGAAAAGUCGGCGUUGAGUCCAAGUACGCUCCUUCUCAAUGCACUGGUUCGGCCAGUCAAGAUGUUUUUCUUGAGCCCAAUUGUGCUUGUUCUCUCAACAAUACUUGCUUUAGCAUACGGGUAUAUGUACAUACUAUUGACGACAUUCACUCCGGUCUUCACCUCGGAGUACGGCUUUUCGUUGGGCACAGUCGGUUUAGUCUACCUUGGCCUGGGCGUAGGUUUCAGCGUGGGAGCAAUUUGCAAUGCGAUCUUCAACGACCGCAUGGCCAAUCGACGAACUGCACGCAACGAUGGACAUCGUGAGCCUGAGUUUCGACUGCCUAUCAUGGCCAGGUCGAUCUUGCUUACACCCUUGGGACUAUUAUUCUACGGCUGGACCGCGCAGUACCACUUGCACUGGAUACUCCCAAUCAUUGGCUCAGCCCUUCUCGGAGCCGGACUAAUCCUUAUCAUGAUGCCGUUGCACACAUACCUCAUCGACGCGUUUACGAAGUACGCUGCUUCUGCGAUAGCGGCAUCUACCAUCUUCCGCUGCAUCGUUGGUGCAUUUCUGCCACUCGCAGGGGAGUCAUUGUUCAAUCGGCUAGGGCUCGGCUGGGGAAGUAGUCUUUUAGGAUUUGUCUCACUUUUGCUCUGUCCGGUUCCGUGGCUACUUCAAAAAUAUGGCCAGGCAGCUAGAGAGAGGUUUGCUGUCACAUUCUAA